GCUGACCAGAUUAGUCGCUACUAUGGAUGGCGGGGACAUGUGAUAUGAUACCAAUUUGGUAGAUGUAUUGGGUUGCAAAGUAGUGAAACCCACCUUAUGAUUAAACUUUUAAGUUUUGUUCUGUGGCUCUUACUGUCGUCCACAGAUCAAAUAUUUACAGAAUUAAUAGGUUAAUCUAUCAAACCAACAGAUAUAUCUGUUGAAAUAAUUUUGAUAGUAUACUAUCAAAAUUAUUUCAAGCUAGACAGAGCGUGCGGCUCUUGUAUUAGAUGUCUUCGAAGCUGGUACUUGGAGGGAACAAGUUCGGAUUGCAAGACUAUUUUAAUUUGCUAUUUUCACUGAUUUAAAACUUUGGUUUGUUAAUGUUGACGAAUCGUCUGUGCUUCGCUGCUAUCGGAGUUAUUCCGUUAAUUUUAGUCACAUUUUUCCUUGUCUUCGAUGUGUGCGGUGAACACUGUCACAAUGACGUCUUUUUGCAGGCUAAACUUGGUAAACUCUCUUAUGCUAGAUGGGUGAAUACGUCAAUUACUUUAAUCUGCUCUGGAAAAGAAUUUACAAGCGUUAUGUGGUAUUCUGUGCGGAAGGUUUACAAAAUGGCUAUUGGAUGUCUUAAAAACGAACAUAGGCAGUUACAUUUAGAUUGGUUUCCUAAUGUUCCUGAAAUAAUUGCAACUUACGUAUCAUAUGAAAAACAAAUUCGUCAAGUGUGUAUAUUUUCGUUAUCAAACGGAAUUCUAACUUCCAGGGUUUUAGUAGAAGAACUCAAUGAUCAAUCAGUUGAUAUGGCGCUAACUACGACAGUAUAUUUUCUACCAAAUUCAAUAAUUACUAAUGUAUUUUUUAUCUGCAAACAGGGUGAAGUGCGAAACGGAACUUGUCAUAGUCGAUUGGGUAACGGCACAUUUUAUAAUGGUGAAAAAAACAUAUAUAAAAACAACGAAUUUUAUAAAAUAACCGAUAAAGUUGUUCCUACACAUAUGGGAAAACACGAAUGUUUCGCGAAAAUCAAUGGGACCUAUUACGUUGUAUCAGUUAUUUUCUCAAACAUAAGUAACUGGGUGUAUCCGGAUUCAGUCUCUUAUCGGUUCAUGGGUGAAAAAAUGUGUGGGUCAGAUAUGUGCAUUGAGGCUGCUAAUCAAGGCUACAUGCUGUGUGAUGCCGGGAUCCAUGAUUGCUACGUAGUGAAUAACUCUUAUCGGUGUAAGAAAGGAGUUCCACUAAUAGAUUCCUGUGAGUAUUUGGCUAAAGAUUUAAAUUGGUCUUGUCCACAUGUCUCCGGAAAUUCCCCUGAAAUAGCCGAUUACGGACGGACUCUGCAUAGUGUUUCCUACAACGCCAAAACUCUGUAUCGCAUAAAUCCAGAUUAUAUUUUGAAUUUCACUUCUAAAUUCACUGACGAUGAGAUCAGACAACAGCUUGCUCGCAACAGUGUUUCUGAACGUCGUUCAAUUGCCAGUCAGUUACUUGACAGCAUGAGGUUUGCAUUAGAUAUGUCUCCAACCAUUGUUGCAUCCGGUUAUAAUCGGUCUACAAUCUCUACUGCGAAUUCAGAAUUUCUGUCGACUUCAGCUUCCAAAAAACUGCAAACAGUCUCCGUAUUUCUCCAUUUAAUCGCGGAGAUCGCCCGCCAAACCCCCUCUGUUAUCGAUUUAUUAAGAUCCGGCAAAGAAACUGAAAAGAGUUUACGGUUUUGGCAUUUAUCUUCAGAUACAGGCAAUAUAACAAUGAAUAGUUCGCAAGGGAAGGUGAUCAAGUUUUCCAUUAAACCAAAGCAAUCAGAAAUGCAUGAUACAUUCAUCGCCGUAAUCCCAGCUGCCAACUUUCCAGGAGUUCUUCUGACACAACUAGACAAUAUCAAAAAAGUGACAACACCUUCCUUAGACUCAGAUGUUGUAUUGGUCGACACCAACAACGGUCUAUCAUUCACUCUAUCUGUGGAUUUAUCUCAGAAACCGAAUAUCACUGUAUCAUGUGAACAACUAAAACAGAAUCCCGAGUUUAAAGAACUGUGGAAUGAUGGAAAUUGCAAAACAAUUGUUGUCGGUUCUGAUUUUGAAUGCCAAUGUCUUCCAGCUCAGGGUGGAACAUUCGCGAUCGCUUUGGUUUACUGGUUAGGAUCGUCACAUAUUCCAUUGACACAUGUGUACUCCAUAAGUAUUGUUAAUUAUAUUUUUACUUUCGUAACUAUUGUCGCUUUAUUCCUGUUUUUAAUAUUCACCCGUUUCAUUGGAGUUUUCCGGUUGGAUCAAUUCAACAUAGCGUUUUGCUUAAUGGUUAGCGCAAUUGUCUCUUUGGCGAUUCCACAUACAACUGACAGACAGCCAAUUUUGUGCACUAUCAUCGCUGUUGCUGUUUGCUAUUUUCCGUUGGCUGCUUUUUCAUGGAAAUUUAUAUUUGGGUUGAAUACAUUAAUUUUAAUCAUUGCACCACAUUCUCGAUACCAUGACCUUGUUUCUAAACCGAAAAAUUGUUUGCCAUUAGUUUGGAUAGGUUAUUUGAGUCCUGCAAUUAUUAUUGGUACAUGGUUUGGCUACACAGGAGAAGUUAGUAACAGUGGUCUCUGCAUUGGUCCCAAAACUCUCCGUUGGUCUUUUGUUGGUCCAAUAACAACAGUUGUUACUUUUAACUUCGUUAUUUUGUUUGUAGUUGGUCUCGUUCUUCUCAGAAAUUAUCUUGUUACUCGCAAAAGUAAACUAAAUAAAACAACACACUUUUUAGUGCUGACGCAGUUGAUGCUAACGUUAGGAAUUCCAUACAUUGCAAUUUACAUUCAGCUAUUGGACGCUUUCACUAUGCUAAUUGUUGUACCAGUUGCAAUGGCUCUAACAGCUGUACUUAUGUUUCUUCUAGUCGCCGUUUUUGAUGAGGAAAAUCGUCAUUUACUACGAUCCUUUAUUUACAAACACAUCGCACGUUCAAGUGAGUACAGCUCUGGGACAAUGGCAUUGAGAAAUCUAUGCAGGGGAGAAUUAGAGUCAAAGUUUAAAAAAUCUCCUCUCCAUCAUAUGGAGCGGGAUCACUUUUCGUCAAAUUACUUAAGCACACACGCUUUACGCAACCCAGAUAACGGAAAAAGUGCCUAUCAACAUGAUAACACAAUUAGAAGGAAAACACAAGAAUAUAGUUCAAGUAUUGCCUCACCUGAAACUGGUAAUUCAGUUGUACUUUGCGAUUCGAGACAACUAAAUGGGGAGUUAUUUAAUGACAUUUCUUCCACUGAAGAAGAUCACACAGUCGAAAAUAUAAAGAAUGAAGGUGAUGUCAAUCUUGGUUUUCCAAAUAAUCGUUCACAUGUUUUACCUUCUUUCAACAGUCUAGUCACUCGGAUGUAAGUAUUCACAAUAUGUACGUGAAAACAAAUCGGUUGUCCAUUUUAACAACCAUCAAAUUGUUUCUAUUCAAAACAGAUUUAUUCGUGAAAGCGAAGAUCACCGGUUUCUAUUAGUUCAUAUCUUACUUUUAACCAAUAACGAAACCUUCACUUGUACGUCAUAAUUUUUUAAUGUUUUCUUUCUAAAACCUCAGCAUUUUGAGUGGGUAUAUUUCAUUUGUUUGCUAUUUCCGUGUUUAUGCGCACAGGAUGAAGUUCAAUUUUUAAAGCACUAGAAAUUGAUUUUAUAGAUUUUUCCACUUACUGUUGUAUUGUUUGUAUAUAUUAUUUCUCAAUGUAUUGAGCUAAUCUGCGUAAUCUCUACUUCACAUCAAACUGAAUUUUCGAAAUUAUUAAUUUGCCACAUAAUGCAUGCACAAAUAGGUUAAUUUUGAUUUCUUAAAACAUUUAUCGUUUGCAUAAUUUAUUAUGAUUAGCAAUUACAUAUACCUUCUUUGCCACACUAUCGUUACUGCAUUCUUGUAAAAUUUCUUAGGUACUCGGUAUAUCAAUAAACACACAAACCGAAAUU